AUGGCUAAGCUCUUCACCACCGCUCGUCCUUCGCUCCUCUUUGUUUCCUCCAUUAAUACUAGCAAGACCUUUUCUCCUUCUGUACCUAAUUCUCUCUCAUUCUCUUUUGCUCACCGUCCCAGGCCUCUCCGGUGUACUGAAAUCCGAUCUUCUCGUCCGUUGAAAUCAGACUCCGACCCGGAAUAUGUUUCGGCGUUUAUAAAAAAAUCGGUUGAGAAACCGGGAGCUGAGAAUGGACCCGAAUCUCAAUCGGAUAUUGCGCCCGGAAUUACGGACGAAUGGGGCGAGAAAUCGGAAACCGGACCUGAGGAGUCCGGGACCCGGUUUGCGGAAUCGGAUCCACCAACGAACGAGGACGAGUGGGAGGAAAGAAAUGUUGGAGGAGAAGCUGAAGUCGACGCCGGAAACGGAAAUGCAGUGUACGACCGGACUGGGGAGCUGAAAAGGUGUUUGGCGGAUACGGUGUACGGGACUGAGUUAGGGUUCCGGGCUGACUCAGAGGUUCGGGCGGAGGUGUUGGAGCUCGUGAAUCAGUUGGAAGCUCUGAAUCCUACGCCGGCUCCGGUUGAGAAUCCGGAGCUUCUCGACGGUAACUGGGUUUUGCUGUACACUGCUUUCUCUGAGUUGCUUCCUCUUCUAGCUGCUGGCUCGACACCUUUGUUGAAACUGAAAAGUAUAAGUCAGUCCAUAGACACGAAGGGUCUUUCUAUAGACAACUCGACUACACUCUCCAGCCCAUUUGCUGAAUUCUCAUUCAGUGCUUCUGCAUCUUUUGAAGUUCGAAGCCCUUCAAGAAUUGAGGUUUCAUUCAAAGAAGGUACGCUAAAGCCUCCGGAGAUCAAAUCAAGUGUGGAUCUCCCAGAGAGUGUGGGUGUCUUUGGACAGCAGAUUAGUCUUUCGUUGCUGAAGCAAUCUUUGAACCCUUUACAAGAUGUGGCAGCAAACAUUUCACGGGCAGUCUCGGGCCAGGCACCUCUCAAGCUUCCGUUUCCAGGAAACCGAGGCAGCUCUUGGCUCUUGACCACUUAUCUCGACAAGGAUCUCAGGAUUUCAAGAGGAGACGGUGGCCUUUUCGUGCUUGCUAGAGAAGGAAGCUCUCUGCUUGACCUCUAA